AUGGCUGUGGAAGCGGUGUCGGGAACGGCAGAGGCGGUAGAGACCUCAUCACCGUCGCCGUCGCCGUCGCCGUCGCCUUCGUUUGGGCUCGAGGCGCGGACGCGCUUCUGUGGGCUUUGUCUCACUCGACCGGCGCAGUACACGUGUCCGCGAUGCAGCGCUCGGUACUGCGGGUUGGAGUGCUACCGAAGCCCUGCGCACGAACAUUGCGCGGAAGGGUUCUAUGAACAGGAGGUGCGCCGGGCGCUCACUGAACAGCGAGUGGAUCAGGCUGAGCGCCGACGCAUGCUCGACAUUCUCCAGCGCCUGCGUGACACAGACCCGGAAAACGCCCUGCUCGGGCCAGGAGGUCUACCUGACGUACUUGACGCCUUUGAGCCGGUGACGGGCGACUCUCUUGACGAUGGCGGUGGGGACGAGGAUGCUGCGGUGGACGCCGGCGUCGAUGAGGAGGCUGCCCGCCUGACACAGGUGCUUUCCUUGCUUGACGCACAGCCCAACGCAGACGUGGCCGACCUCUUGGCGCACCUCUCCCCUGACCAGCAAAGUGCCUUUGCGCAACUGAUGCGGGACCAGCAACUGGGUGCCGACGUGGCGCUUUGGACGCCUUGGUGGCAUCGGGCUGACCCCGAACCACGUCUCAUCGAAGUACUCGACUCGAACCAAGACAAUGUGGAAGCUUCCCCCGCUGAAGCACCGAGCAGCGAUCCAGCCGACGCGCUGCAACACUAUUCGAGCCUCUUGGCCAGUCUGGACCGGCCGUUGGUGACGUUGGCCGAGCUCUUGGGCCCGCGCGCCGGCCCCAACCCGACCGUGGGAGCCUCUGUCCCCUAUGAUAUGAUCCUCCAAUUGCUCCGCUACUGUUACGCCUUGCGCCUCUAUAACGGGGAGACCCACGACAGCUUGCUGCCACUCGUGGGCGCCCUUCUUCAGGGCAACGAUGUGCUGACUGCCCGCGAACAGUGUGGGGAACUGUCUGCCGCCGUGGCACACUUUGUGCUGGCGUGCACCACGCGCCCGAGUCUACAAAGUGCACCAGAGCAGGUGGUUCUAGCCCUAGACGAUGCACGAGCCGUGCUACAAUCGGGGCACCGGGUGCAGGCCUGUCUCGUCCAUUGCCUAAACCUCUUGCAACUUGCCCUGGCACUGAGCAAGACCACCUGGCAAGCCCACGGCGAAGCGCUGGCUGGGGUGCAGCGCAAGCAUGCUCGACAGGCACAACACAAGCUCUACUUUUACGCCUGCUGGUGGCAGGCCUGCUUGGACAAGCCCCAGCUUGCGGAGAAGGAGGCGCCGACGUCCGCGCGGCUGCAGCCGACGGGGGGAGACGGUCUGGCCAUGUCGCUGGAGAUUUGGCGGGCUGACCUCGCGCGCCUGGCUGCCACGCGACGCCGGGACUUGGGUUUGAAGGAACUUUCCGAAGACCACUUUGAAUUAGCCGAUGAGGAAGUGCCAGUGCAAAGUCUCGGUGCAGGGUUGACCCGGACUUUGCGCGUGGUUGAUGAAGCAAACAAAAGUGUACCGUCGCCGUUCCGAGCGACGGCCGCUUCAGACAAGCGCCGGCCUUUGGUUCAAGAACUCUAG